AUGUACUGGCUCCAGACCCUGAGUUCUAGCAUCACUGUCAUCUUCCUGGGACUAUGCCUACAACUGACCACUGGUGAAGCUGCAGACAUACAAAAGCUGCUUGAUGUGAAUGUGAUCCCAAUGGGGCCUGCAAAAUCAGGAGAGAAAAUCGAAUUGGCAUGUUCUGUUCAAUCAUAUUGGACAAAUUGUGCUCUGGUAAAAGUCUACACCCUGAGUAACCCACCCAUUGACUUCCCUUUGGGGAAUUUCAAUUACACUUACUGUGCAUGUCCUGGGGAAGCUAAGACCUUCUUCUGGACCAUCCAAAGCAGUAGGACUGUGAACGUAGGGUGUGGAGCUGUUUUCCUUCUGGAUAAUGUUUGCCCUGAGGGCCAAAAUUCAAUUCCUCCCCAGAACAAAAGAAGAUACAGUGUUAAUAUGAAGACCUUGAAAAUAAUCAGCUGA